UCUACCAUACAAUCCUCACAAUCUGCUUUGAUAAGCUCGUUUCGAGUAGAGCCUGCUGCUGGCAAAGACGCUCGACCCACGCAAGAAAACAUGCCGCCGUAUAUGGCUAACUACAACUUUCAUCAGCAACCUUAUCCUCAUUAUUCCGCAGCUGAUAUCAAAGGAGAAGCUGGCGACCCUUCCCAAGAGCACGUUCCCUUCUUCCAUGCUUACCCACCGCAGCACCCUCUCUAUGAAAACCAGCAAGCCUCAACCCCUUCACCUGACACCGAGAAACAAAAAGAUUAUUACCGUCGUCAUAGUUGGGCCUCUUCUAAGAAGGACGAUGAUGGCUUGUACUCGCCAUCCUCAAAUGAGAGUAGUAAUGAGAUGUAUGACACGGAAAACCAACGAGCACAGUACGUAUCAUGAUAUGCCAAUUACGUUCAGUGAUAUCUUCAUUACACAUCAGUGGUACACUAUUUCGAAUAGCGAAUUGCCCGAUUUAUCCGUUAACUCCGUUGCUUUUUUAUGCAGAAUGCAAGUCCUAUUCGACAAAAAGCGACGUCGUCGCGAAUCUCAUAAUGCAGUGGAAAGAAGGAGAAGGGAUAAUAUCAACGAUCGUAUACAAGAGCUGAUGACCCUACUUCCAGAGGCAAGUUUAGACCCUGUCAACAAGCCCCACAAGGGAUUUAUUUUAAGGAAAAGCGUGGACUACAUUCGCAACCUGCAACAAGAUUUGUCUCGAUACCAACAACGGGUCCAAGAACUGGAAGCCACACUUGAGCAUUAUAAAAUGAAACAGCAAUUGUCAUCCAAUGAACCUAGUUUGGCUUAUGGUCUUAUGAGUCCUCCAACCCAAGCCAUUGAUACGGCAAUGAGACCUCCCUACCAACCCGUCUACAUGCAGCAGCAGUCACCACGGCAUAAUCCAAUGAUGCGCUCUUAUGAAACCUCCACCACCCAGCCAACAGUGUUGAAAUGGGACCAUUGAUGGUUCCACUUUCAUAUGGAAAGGUAGCGGAUAUGGGGGGCUUUACAUGCCAAAAUAAUCCUGCUGCUGCUGAUAAUUUAUAGGAAGUAUUAGAGACCUACAUCUUCCCACUCCAAGUUUCAAUGCCUCCAUUUGCUUUCUUGACCAUGUCGGCCACGGUUCUGACAGGGUUCUUUCUAUUACAUACCAUUUUCCAAUACCUGGACCUUAGCUUUUCCUUUCUCUCUACUCUAUUUUUACGUUUUUUAUUGGGUUUAGAGCAAUUUGUAUAGCCACCAUUCUUAUCAAACAGUACAUAAUUGACGUGAUAAACGUAUUUUGUUCACACCUGCUGUGACUCAGUAUGUCUGUCUGGAAAAAUUUCCGCUGGGGUCACAUUCGAUAAACAAA